AUGGUCAUGACAGCGUCGCGAUACCGGGCGCGCAAGCAAAAGGUCUUCCGGUCCGUUUUCCAGACGGACCUCUCAUCGCCCACGCCGCGUUCAACUCCCGUUGCAGCCUUCACCGAUCAAGGUGUUGCCUUUGGAGGUCCCCACGCGUCACCUCAGCAUGCUCCCCCACCACCGCCUCUCUUUCACGAGACUCUCCAACAUGCCGAUGACCAGGUGAGAUGGGAUCGAGCAUGGCAUGUUGUCACAUCCAAGAUCCAGCUACCAACUUCGGUUGCGGUCGAAGAUUCCUUUGGCACUUUGCCUCCAGAGUCACAAGACGUUGACUUGGAUUUCCGUGAUUCCCUCGCUCUGCUUCUCUAUCCUGGCCGCUCCUUGCCCCAAGCAGCCCAUACAGAAGAUAUUCUCCUUUGGCACACACAUCAAGUUCGCCAGCACUUUAUUCACCAUGUUAUGCCACUGCUGGCUGCAUGUACCAGCCAGGGUGAUCACACACAAGUCUUGGUCUCAAGUAUCUCAACUCUCGAAGCAGCUCAUAGGCAAUAUCUUUGGGGCUUGACACUCAUCGUCCAAGGCUACGAAGAGGAGGCAUCUGCAAACGCAGCCUUUUCAAAGUUUCGUCGUGAUUUACAUACCAUUAUUGGUAACUCUCUCAAUCAAGGCUUGACAAACGCCCUGACAAGUGUCUUGCAACGACUCAUUCGUUCUAGCCUCGGUAUAGGGAGACGUUAUGAUGGAAUAUUAGAAUCACAAGACAAUUGUGGUGAUUCGGCGGCUCGGGAAGAGCUUCUGGGACUUCUUGAGUCUCUUAAAAAUGUUGGACUUGUAGGAGAGAGAUUCCAAGUGCUCUUCGCCGAAAUCAUGGAUGCCAGCAUGGAGGAAUUUAUCAAGACCUCCUAUUCAGGGUUCUGGAAAGCGUCUGAACAGUCGUCAACGCCAGGCUCAAGUACCUUGACUGGGUGCCUUGGCCAUCUUUCAGACUGGGUUGAGAACCAGUACGGUCGCCUUGCUGUUGAGGUGUUCAGUCGUCUUGAAACUCAUAUCACUUGGAACGACGUUGAAUGCUGGAAGGAAAUCGCUGUAGGUCGCCUUGCUACUUUGCGAAUUCAAGAACUUUUCGAUAUCGCUUUGAAUUGGCCCGAAAGCCGAGGCGGACUCGAGGAUCUUCGUCUGGCCGUUUCUACGCCACAACGUCGCCUUCAAUUGACCGACAUAUUCUCCCUCACUCUUCAGAAGCGACUCCUUCAUCCCGGACGAUCCACCUCCGAUAUCCUUCAAACGUACAUUUCUAUGAUAAGGACAUUUCAUGCCCUGGAUCAUUCAAAGGUUCUCCUUGAUCGUGUCGUCCACGCACUGCAACUGUACCUGUGCCAGAGGGACGAUGCCAUUAGGAUUGUCGUCACAGGCUUGCUCUCUAACCCGAGCGAGGCUAGUACGGAGGAGGGAAAGGCAAGGCUUGCGGAGUUGGCAGUAUUACUCAACUCAGCUUCUCAACAGCAACGGCGUCAGGUAGACGACGAGGACCUAGACUGGAACGACAUGACCUGGGUGCCCGAUCCUGUGGAUGCAGGUGUCAACUACAAGAGACCUAGGAACGAGGACGUCAUCGGCACUCUGAUCAACGCGCUUGGCUCUCAAGAUAUUUUUAUUAAGGAGUUCCAGCUUAUCAUCGCGGAGCGAUUGCUUUCUAACCAGGCAAGCUUUAUACAAGAGACCAAAGUAUUGAGCCUGCUUAAGAAGCGGUUCGGUGACAAUGCUCUACAAAAUUGCGAUGUCAUGAUGAAGGAUAUUCAAGACUCAAAAAGAGUCGAUGCGGUUCUUGGCAAGAAUAUUUGUCAACCGUCGGUUGAUUCAGGAGCACUGGCAUAUCACUCCAAGAUUCUCUCCCGACUCUUCUGGCCUACCCUACCUAAAGACCCUUUCACAGUUCCGCCACCUGUUGCAGAGAUGCGGGCCAAAUAUGAGCAAGGGUUUGAGCGACUCAAGACCUCUCGGAAACUCACCUGGUUGGAUCAGUUAGGUUCUGCAACUGUGAAGCUUGACUUUGAGGACCGCACAGUCGAGCUUGAAUGCAAGACUUACGAGGCUGCGGUGAUAUACGCAUUCCAGGAUGAUAGCACUGAAGGCAAACCCGGCCCCACAGAACGAACUUUCGAUGAGAUAUGGCAACAUCUUAUGAUAGACGAAGAUCUUCUCGAGCUGGCCUUAAAAUUCUGGAUCUCCAGGCGAGUGCUUCGUGAUGUUGGUAGCCGAACCUAUGCUGUCUUGGAGCGUUUGGACGACGGUGAACAAGCUGGUGAAGCAGGUGAUCCUGGUGAAGCUCAAGAACUUGGCAACGACAGCCGCUCGUCUCCUCGCAAGCCCAAAAUCGAUCCCAAGGAGCAGGAGCGACGAACUAUAUACUGGCAGUUCAUCGUGGGAAUGCUGACAAACUCAGCACCGACUAUGCCCCUUGGACAGAUGUUAAUGAUGAUGAAGAUGCUGAUUCCCGAUGGCUGUUCAUGGACUAAUGAGGAGUUGCAGGAGUUUUUGGCAGAAAAGGUGGCGGAGAAUAAGUUGGAGCUAGCCGGCGGCAAGUAUCGCUUGCCGAAGAAGUGA